AAGGAGAGAUACAGACCUUUACCGCCUACUUCAUAUCAGACUGUAAAGGAAAUGAUCCGAGAAAUGAAGGACUCUAAUGUAAUCCGGGACAGCCGUAGUCCGUGGGCUGCACCCCUGGUCCUUGUAAAGAAGAAGGACGGUGGUAUCCGUUUCUGUGUGGAUUAUAGGAAAAUUAAUCAAAUAACCCACAAAGAUGCAUACCCACUGCCCCGCAUUGAGGAGUCACUAACUGCUCUGGGCUCCUCUGCCUAUUUCUCCACAUUGGACUUGACCAGUGGCUACUGGCAAGUACCCAUGGCCCCUGCAGAUAGGGAAAAGACUGCCUUCACUACUCCCAUGGGCCUGUUCGAAUUCAAUUGUAUGCCGUUCGGGCUAUGUAAUGCCCCAGGAACUUUCCAGAGACUAAUGGAGCGGUGUUUGGGUCACAAAAACUUCGAAACAGUGCUGUUGUAUCUUGAUGACGUCAUUGUGUACUCAAAAACAUAUGAGGACCAUCUGAAACAUUUGGCAGAAGUAUUUAAAAUCCUUAUCAAAUAUGGCUUGAAGGUAAAGCCAUCCAAGUGUCACCUGCUCAAACCUGCAGUAAGAUACCUGGGGCAUGUAGUAAGCGGAGAGGGAGUGCAACCUGACCCUGAUAAAUUAGCAGCUGUCCGUAAUUGGCCGGUUCCUACUACCGUCAAAGAAGUGAGGAGUUUCCUUGGUUUUGCCGGCUACUAUAGACGUUUUAUCCCCCAUUUUGCUCAAAUAGCUGAUCCUAUCCAGGAACUUCUGAGGGGACAACCCAAGAAAAGUCCUAGAACUCCUGUGCCCAUUGAAUGGAAUGAGGAAAGAGAGAUAGCGUUCCAAUUGCUAAAAAAGAAACUGACCGAGCCUCCAGUGUUAGGUUAUCCAGAUUAUAGCAAGCCCUUCCAUCUCUAUACUGAUGCUAGCAAGCGAGGCCUGAGAGCUGUGUUAGCCCAGAUCCAAGAGGGAAAAGAGAGAGUGAUAGCAUAUGCAAGCCGCUCCCUGAAAGGAGCUGAGAAAAAUGACCAGAAUUAUAGCUCCUUCAAACUAGAGUUCCUGGCAUUAGUGUGGGCGGUGACAGAAAAAUUCAAAGAUUAUCUAGCCGCCACCCCGUUCAUUGCAUUCACUGACAAUAACACUCUGGCACAUCUAAAUACAGCUAGAUUGGGGGCCUUGGAGCAGAGAUGGGCCUCUCGCCUUGCCAACUAUAAUUUCUCUGUAAAGUAUCGUGCUGGACGUACUAAUGAUAAUGCUGAUGCUUUAUUUGGGGUCCAAAAGACUGAGGCUACUAUCCGCCAGCGGUUUUACUGGGUAGGCAUGAGAGAAGACAUGGAGAAGUGGUGUCGAGAGUGUGUAGCCUGUGCCCUGAAACGAAGUGAGCACCAUGAUCAGAGGGCACCACUAAGACCCAUUGUAAGUACCCGUCCUCUUGAACUUGUCGCCAUCGACCAUGUAAAACUGGAGCCUAGUCGCUCAGGGUAUGCUUAUGCCAUGACUAUUAUUGACCAUUUCACAAAGUUUGUUGUAGCAGUGCCUGUGAGAGACCAGACAGCCAAGACUACAGCCGAAAUGUUCUGGAAGCACUUCCUCCUGCCCUAUGGAUGUCCAGAAAAGAUCCUCACCGAUCAAGGACCUGCUUUUGAGUCCCAUCUGUUCCAUGAACUGUGCCGCUUACACAACUGUAAGAAGAUCCGGACAACGGCCUACCAUCCUCAAGGUAACGGAUUAUGUGAAAAAAUGAAUCAGACCUUGAUAGAGAUGCUGAGGGCCGUGCCUCCUGAGAGCAGAGGAGAUUGGCCCAGUCUGUUGCCACAGCUCAUGUUCACAUACAAUCAUACCAUACAUUGUUCCACCGGGUAUACCCCUUUUUACUUGAUGUUUGGGAAAGAGGCUGAGAGCAUUAAGAAAAUUCUUGCCACUCUGAAGGUGCAGAUUCAAGGUCUGCUGUCUGCUGAUGAUUUUGUGUCUCAUAAAGAAAAGAUCACUCAACAUGUCCAACGGCACAGAAUUGAGGGGCAUGUAGUAAGCGGAGAGGGAGUGCAACCUGACCCUGAUAAAUUAGCAGCUGUCCGUAAUUGGCCGGUUCCUACUACCGUCAAAGAGGUGAGGAGUUUCCUUGGUUUUGCCGGCUACGAUAGACGUUUUAUCCCCCAUUUUGCUCAAAUAGCUGAUCCUAUCCAGGAACUCUUGAGGGGGCAACCCAAGAAAAGUCCUAGAACUCCUGUGCCCAUUGAGUGGAAUGAGGAAAGAGAGAUAGCGUUCCAAUUGCUAAAAAAGAAACUGACCGAGCCUCCAGUGUUAGGUUAUCCAGAUUAUAGCAAGCCCUUCCAUCUCUAUACUGAUGCUAGCAAGCGAGGCCUGGGAGCUGUGUUAGCCCAGAUCCAAGAGGGAAAAGAGAGAGUGAUAGCAUAUGCAAGCCGCUCCCUGAAAGGAGCUGAGAAAAAUGACCAGAAUUAUAGUUCCUUCAAAUUAGAGUUCCUGGCAUUAGUGUGGGCGGUGACAGAAAAAUUCAAGGAUUAUCUAGCCGCCACCCCGUUCAUUGCAUUCACUGACAAUAACCCUCUGGCACACCUAAAUACAGCU